AUGCUUAACGUCUCCAUGACAACCAACAUCAUGGCGCAGUUCUCCUCGUUUGUUGUGGUGGCCGUCUUCACGGCCUGCCUCAUUCAGAUCUUCCUCAGGAAGGUCCAGUGGAGGAUGAGCGCAUCAACUUCCGGUCAGAACACGGCUCUGACGUCACGAGACCGGAAGCUGGUCAAGAUGAUCAUGUUCCUGUCCUGUGUGUUUAUCGUCUGCUCCACGCCCGGCAUUCUGGGCGCCAUCGUCUGCUCCACGCCCGGCAUUCUGGGCGCCAUCGUCAUGCUGGUCGACAGGGACUACGGCGUGUCCGGACGGCUCAGGAACUUGUUUGUCGCCACCUUCUCCGUCUUCUUCGCCCUCGGCUCCAUCAACUCGGCCGUCAGCUUCUUCAUCUACCUGCACGUCAGUUCAAAGUUCAGGCGCACUCUGAGAGAGAUGAUAGGGUGCAGCGAGUCGACACACCGUGGAGUGUCUGCUGGCAGGUCGACACUCCAGGGCAAGAGGUUACCACCUUAG